AACAGAACUGUUAAAUAAGAUCAGAACGAUAUCGAUAAGUGAAGACUGUUAACAGAAUGCAGAAAUGAAGAAUUUAAUGUAAAUACCAUUUGAAAAGGAAAUUUGUGAUAAUGGAUGUGUAUAUCCGAAAUGAGUUGACUGUGGACAGUGACUUAACGUUAGAUCAAGCUGCACAGCAGUCCGUCAAGCUGAUUCUUUGGCUACUCGAUUGCCAAGAGCAAAUGCAAGUGGGACAGCCAAAGCAUCUAGAGCUCAGCCACACGGACAUCGAGUGCAUGUUUAAGGCGACAUUAUAUCUAUUUGAAUGCCAUUCCCAGUAUGGCGACAAACUGGUAGAGGCUGUGCUGAUGCAAUGCGUUCAAGCGCAUGCGAUUAUACGACGCUUCUACAAUAACAUUGAAACAGAUCGAAAACAGUGCAUUCAGGAGCUGUGCGCAAACAUUAUCAAUGGGACGCGCAAUGGCCACACACACGCGCCACUGUUAUAUCAAAUGCACAAGGCAUAUGCGGAACUGCAGCCGGAGUGGUCUAUAAUCAAAGAUAUGGAUUGGUCAGCCAUGGCCAGGAACAGAGUUAACAAUGCGACGUUGGACGCCGCGAGAGCAAUGGAACUAAAUGUCCACACGAUGCAAAUGCGGCAGUUGGUGCGACGCAUCUGCCGCCUGAGCACAAUGCAGGAUAUCAAAAUAGCACUCGCCCGUUCCAUGCAGCUCAUUCGAAACUGUGAUCUCUGGCUGCAACUAUUUCGGGAGCCCAAGGACAGUCUGCUUUAUACGCGCUGCUAUAUGUUACGGCAAAUGAUCUGUGAUAUGCUGAACGAGGGCGGCACAGCAUGCUCGGCCAGCGUUUGUUUUGUACACAACAUUUACAAUUUCGUUGCCAACGACAACUGCUCUGGCAAUCUCUCUCGGCUCUACUGCUGGCUUAUGCAUGUGCGCUUCGCUGGCGCCUUGGGCAGCUAUUUACAAGACUACUGGCAGCAUCAGCGAGUGCUGCAACAUCUACAGCUGGAUGAUAUGCAAUGCUCCACCAUGGAACUGCCACUGGAGGAGAUGCUCUACUUGACGCAUUUGCUGCUCAAGCCCAAAUCGCCGUGUCGCAGUCAAUUCUAUGCGCAGCUAAAGUCGCUGCCAUCACCGGUGCUCGCGCAGCUCACGGACCUGCUCAAUAAAGUUGCUUACGUCUAUAGCUAAACUGAA